GUUGCGUCUGUGCGGCCGGAGCCAGCAGACGCGCAUGUUGUUUAUUAUGGCUCAGUUGAAAUACUGGAGGCGCAUGUCUUCUCUCUGUUAAAACACAGUCGAUAUUUCAGCUUCAUUAUUUUUUGGGGCAAUAAACGCUGCUCUCGUGACCUCCUACCAGUUUGUUUUUGUCGACUGUACUGGUAAUAAUUGGGAUCAAAAUGGUCAUCAAGGUUUACAUCGCUUCUUCAACCGGCUCGGUCGCGGUAAAAAAGCAUCAGCAGGCAGUGGUGGGUUUCUUGGAGGCCAACCGGAUCAGCUUCCAGGAAGUAGACAUCACCAUGCUGGAGGAGCAGAGGCUCCAGAUGUACCGCAACAUCCCCAAAGACAAGCAGCCGGAGAAAGGCAACCCACUGCCUCCACAGAUAUUCAACGAGGAUCGCUACUGUGGGGACUAUGAGGACUUCUUCCAGUCAAAGGAGGACAACACUGUGUUUGCAUUCCUUGGGCUCAGUUCCCAACCCUCUGUGAAAGAUUCUGAGUCAUAGCCUAGAUCGAACUGCUGGGAAAUGACGUCCCGGGAACCUUUUUAAAUAUGAAGAUGAAAACCGCAUGGCUUCCUGUGUUGCAUCACCUCUUUUCACGUGUUCCUCCUGCUACAGUGCUAGCAUGUUGCCAAACAUCAUAUCCCACGGAUUUCACCCUGUGUCACCUCUCCUGACUCUUCAAACACUCCAAUCACUUACGUCUCCAAGAAGUGUCUGAUUCUCAAGAUAGACUUAAUCACAGAAGAAGGGGAUUCACUUUACGAUGGAUGCAUUUAUGUUUCCUUUACACGUUUAAUACACUGUGACAGCAAACGACGGCUGUAGCAUAAAUUCUGUGCAAAGUAGAUGUAGCAGGUAGACCAGCUGCUAAGUCAAUACACAACGCAGUGAAUGGGGAAAGAACUGAUGAAGUGUAGCACACAAGUCACCUGAAUACACACCUAUGACCUAUAAUGUGUGUGUAUAUGCCUUAGCAUGUGUGUGAGUGUGUUUGUCUGUUUCAAUCAGUAGCUGUUAAUGAAGGUUGCGUCAAGUAAGUGUAACCUGAAAUAUGUGUGUGUGUGUAUUUGUGUUUGUGUGUGGGAUGGACAUGAUAACCUAUAUCACUGCCAGCAUUCAUGUUACAUAUCUAGUCACUGUCUUCAAAACAAACCUUCUACUUGUAUCAUUCCACGGCCAAACUUAUUUGAUUAAAGGACAGGGUGGCAGUUAUUGUGUGUUUUAUAUAUUGUAGUCGAUACAUCCAAUAAAAAGAUCACAACCAACAAUGUGUUAGUCUCAUAGUACGUUCUGACUUCCCUACCCUUUCUUUGACAUUCAGCCCCUAGCCCAUAAGUACCUCCUGAAGAUCAUAGUCUUUAUUAAUAGGUUUCAAAUAUAUAGUUUCAUGCUUUUUAAACGGCCAAGAAGCUCGCUAAAACAGCAGGGCAUUGUAGUUUUUAGCAAAUGUUACUCAAACAGGAGUAAAUAGCUCAUUUGUAGGGACUAUUUUAAGCAGUGGAAUAAUACACAUGUGGUGCUUUAAUGAGUAUUUACAGCUGCAGGACCAUGUUUGUGUGAUUGAAUCAAAGUAUACUACAGUGCCCAGGUUCAAUUUACUGAGGGCAGAUGUCAGUCGGAUCAAUUUAUGGUUGGUUUUGGUCUUUUCAUGGGAUUUGUUGACAUCAUGAAAAACAGUGCCAGCUUUAUCUUCUAAUCCAGGCCGUUGUAGCUAAAGCAUGGUUACAAUCACAGUCAUGAGCCAUAGGAGUGCACUUCCCAGAUUAAUGCUCCAAAAUCUUAUCAGACAGAGGAAGGGAGAUACGAAAUUAUUGUUUAUUGCUCAGAGAUAAUCAAGUUGCAAAGCUCUGCACGGACAGACCUCAACUCGGCUUCCCCUGCUGUCUCCCCUUCGCUGUAUAUAGAAACAGAUGCUGAAAUGUGAGCACACUGCCCUCUGUGUGUUUCAUGAAAUGGACAUAGGUUGACACAUCAUGGCCAACCCGCAGUGACCUCCUCCAAUCUGUAUUCUAUGUCCUCUGUUCCAAACACCAACACUAAGCAUGUUUCUCGUGCUUAUUAAAUUAUCAUGGGUGGGUGGAUAACUAAUUCCUUUAUGUUUACACAUGAAUUCCAUGCACAAACAGAUGCACCCUCACUAGACAUGCUCCCUAAAUGUCAUGCCAUCAUUUUAAAGGAUGUCAUUUUUACUUCUUUCAAAUCAUGCAGGGGGCAUCAAUGUACAAACAACAUUCCUAUUUGGCUGAAUUGUGUCCUUGUGUUGUUAAAUGAUGUGUUGUGACUUUGUUAUGAUGAUGAUUUGUGAACAGAUAACAAGCCAUUUGAACCCACUAAAUGUACUGAAUGUAAUGUAAGGUAUGCUUCACCUCUCUGUCCGUGACACUUUCGUGCUUUAUCGCAGCAUUUUUCUGUUUGUAAAAGGGUUGUGAGAGUUAUACUCAAUCUCACUUUACUGUGUAAAAGCAUGCAAUUUUCUACGUAAAUUUGCCACAGUAUCUUUCAUAUGGUCAUGUAAUACUACAACAACGAACAAUAGCGCCGCACACACAAAAGUGGAAGGCCUAUUUGAUGUAAAUCUUAAUCCCUUUUGUAGAGGUGGUGAGGAGUUGUUUUAUGUGAUGCAGAAAUCCUGAAUUGGUUACUAAAAGCAAAAUGAUGUAAACACUUAUUUGAGUUGUACGUGUAGUGUCAUACAUACAGAGUCAGAAUAAUCUGGAUUUUGUGCAGCGAUUGUGAUUGGAUAAGAAAAGUGGACUCAAAGACAGAUUCCAGAGUUGGAAACAUAAGGUAGCAAAGACA